AUGGGCAUACUGUUUUUCGUUAUAUACUUUGCAGUGUCAAUAUCACCAGGCCUCUUGCUUCGCUGCCACAUUUGUCCACCCCAUGAGCGGCAAGAUCUAUCCGCUUGUCUCGCACACUCGCCCCAGGAAUGUAAAAAUUAUGAGAACGCUUGCUUCUUUGAAUACCAUGGAAGGAUAAAGAACAUGGGCUGUGGCCGUGACUGGCAUAAACCAGCGGGAUGUCAUGGAAAUACAUGCGUAAAAUGGUGUCAUAGUGACUUGUGCAACAAGGAGCUCAUCAAGCAUUCACCUUUUCGAAAGGAACUUAAAGAAGACAGCGCUCCGGAUGACACGGGAAACUGGUUUAUUGAUCUGUUUGGCGGUAGCUCGAUGUUAUCGGCUGCUUCAAUUUGUUGUACUCUUACAAUGUGCUUUUGUGCAGUGGUCUUCCUUUGA